GCCGAGAAUCAUAAUUACAGAACAGUCACGUGUUCUGCCAGAGGGGCACAAGUCAGGUGAUAACGUAUAGGCAAGAGGUCCGGGGGAAGGAGCCCGCAUUUUCUUGAACAUGGCGGGGGUUAUGUCCGGAGCAGCGCGAGAGGUUCCAUAGCGACCCUGUUGUCAUGUCACCGGGCCCCGUGCGGGGUCUCCGCCCCCAGGUUGGGAAACGGAACUGAGCGGAUCAGGAAUGAAAGGCAAGUGCUGGUGAGGAUGACGAUGGCGCAUGUAGGGGCAGUAGUUGCAUCUGUAAUGGGGGUGAUGGCCAUCUUACUGCACUCCUCAAUUCACAGGAUAGAGGAAGGACACCUCGCUGUAUAUUACAGAGGAGGAGCACUGCUGACAGGUCCCAAUGGUCCUGGAUACCACAUCAUGCUGCCUUUCAUCACCACCUUCAGAUCAGUGCAGACUACACUUCAAACUGAUGAGAUCAAGAAUGUGCCUUGUGGAACUAGUGGAGGUGUGAUGAUCUAUUUUGACAGGAUAGAGGUUGUUAACAUGCUGGUCCCUUUAGCAGUGGUGGACAUAGUGAAGAACUACACUGCUGAUUAUGAUAAAACACUGAUCUUCAACAAGAUUCACCAUGAACUCAAUCAAUUCUGCAGUGUACACACUCUGCAGGAGGUCUACAUUGAGCUGUUUGACAUCAUAGAUGAGAAUCUGAAGACUGCCUUGCAGAAAGACCUCAACGUCAUGGCUCCUGGACUUACAAUACAGGCAGUCCGUGUUACCAAGCCUAAGAUUCCUGAGUCUAUCAGAAGAAACUUUGAACUCAUGGAAGCAGAGAAGACUCGUCUGUUGAUAACUGCUCAGACUCAGAAAGUGGUGGAAAAGGAAGCAGAAACUGAAAGGAAGAAAGCCAUAAUUGAGGCUCAGAAGCUGGCCCAGGUAGCAGAGAUCCAUUUUCAGCAGAAGGUGAUGGAAAAAGAGACCGAGAAGAGGAUCUCUGAGAUAGAGGAUGCUGCCUUCCUGGCAAGAGAAAAGGCUAAGGCAGAUGCAGAGUAUUACACUGCGGCCAAAUUUGCCGAAUCCAAUAUGUUGAAGUUGACUCCAGAAUAUCUUGAGCUGAUGAAGUACCAGGCCAUUGCAGCCAACAGUAAGAUCUACUUUGGCCAGGACAUACCUAACAUGUUUGUGGAAGGAAGCAACAGUCACCCUAAGUCGGGACGCCCCCCUACCUUCUCUACCGCUGACCCAGACCAUAAAGAGCAGCCACAGGGGCUGUAAUAGUCCACAGCCACGCCUCUCUGCAUAGCGCAGGGGAACCUGUUCGAGGCUUGUCCCAUCUAUGAGGGAGAGAGCACUGAUGGAUUAUGGGUGGAAUAUCUUUUGCUCCAAGUCGGGUGCCGUGCAUGCUUUAGUCUUAAUCUUAAAUGGCUGAGGGGGAGUGGAGAGGAUUUUUGGAGAUAAAGGGAAAAGGAACAGGAAGUGAAAUGAUGGAAUGUUUUAAGAAUGAAGGCAACGCCGUACUUAGAAAAUUUCAAAGCAUUUUAAAUGCUUCUGCCUGGGGAGGGGACGGUAAGGUUCAGCGAGGCCAACAUUAACGGGCCUCAACUGUUUUACAUGAGCUUGCAUUCAGCGCGGCGUUUUAUUUUGCUUGUUGAACCCCAUUGAUUUUUGUCUGUUAUAUGCAAGAUGAGUGAUCCAUGCCGAAAUAAGUUUUUUUUUUUUUUCUUUGAGAAUCACUGCCUAUGAUUUAGUUAAACUGGAAUCUGACAGGUGACACUAAUUCUAAAUAAGGUAUAUGUAAGUGUCUGUGUCUUAAAUGUGGACAGGUCAUCUCUGUGCCAUCUUUUUUUAGCACUCUGGGAGGUUACACCUACUACGGGUUGCUUGUGUGGGUUGCCUUUAGCUAUCUGCCUACACUUGUUGGCCAAAAUCUGAGAUUGUGGACAGAAGGAUUCGUCUUGAGGCUUUUCCACGCAAGUCACAGCCUAAUAUGCAGAUGAUGCAUGUUUGUCACUGUGAAAUGUUUUGUUUGUUUUUUUGUUGUUGUUUGAUUUGACACUGAAAGGAGCCCGGCCCUUCCACACCCCCCCCCCCCCCAUCAAAACUUGAAUCCAAAUGUGCAUAAGUCCGUGCCCUUAGGUUUUUGAAGUUGAACAGGGCUGCUGGGUCUGUAGUUGGGAAUAGGUACGUGUUGUCAUGUUAAAACUGUAGUGUCGUGGGUCAUUAGAUGUGUUAGAACGGGGGUAAGUUUGUUAAUAUUCGUUUUUAAUCAAAGGGCGUCAUCCACAGAAAUUCUUGAGAGGCUGCGCUUCACCUGCCUCGCCAUCUACUGUGAAACCUGUCUAGCAUUUAGGGCUGCAGAAGAAAGUGAUUUUCUGUUAAAACGUUAUAUCGAUUCCCUGGCAUUCACAUAGAAGUGAGUCUUUCAGCCAACACCAUCCACGUACCCUGUCAUGCAGUAUGUGUAGUCUUGUCUAAUUGGUUUUGAACAAAGAUCUCAUCAAGGUCUUGUGUACAUGAAGAAGUUUCUGCCAUCUGACGGUGAUCCAGACACCUGUUAACACACACGUGGUGCAUGGUUGCUUGUUAACUCUCAGGAAAAGACUUUACAAAACGAGUUAAAGAUGUACCAUCAGUCUGUCGUGUUCUCAGUUAUGCAAGGUAAACACAACAUGCGUGUUACUAACUUCCCAUGUUGCUGGGGGGGGGGCAGAAAUUAAACCUAUCAUAACAGCUUUUUAACAUUCAAAAUGCAUAAAAUUUCAACUUUCUUUUUUUUUUUAAUUGGAAAUCUGUUGCAUCUGAAAAUAAGAAGACCUCUCGGCAGUAGAAUAAUCUGAGUCUGUUCAUGUCAUAACAAGGCCGUACUGCUUAUUGCUUUGGUUUGUGCAAGUAUUUAUAAAAAAGAAAAUUACAGGAGCAGCGUGAUCCUUACUGUUUCUGCAGUGUGUCAUGAUUAUUCAGUUGUUGAAGCUGAGGUUUUAGAGGUUGCCUUCCAGCUCUUCUGGAUGAGAUGAGUAACGUUUAAAAUCUUUUAAAGGCUUCGAGCGGCAUCAGCUAACCACUGCUGUGAGUGUCUCUCUCAGUUCUUAAAUCGACUCCUGCUCAUCAGGUUUGUAAUGGGUAGAGGUACAGUAACGGAUAAACCUAAUAAACCACGAGUCUAUAAACAAAUGAGGCAACACUGAUGUGAUCGUACCGCGUGACAAUUCUGGACCGGUUUCCUUGUUUCUGCUGAAACACGGGCCAGAAUCAUUUAGGAUCCCUGCGUUUAAGGUGAACAGAAAUUCCUGAGUUUGUUCAAACUGUUGAGCCUUAAAAGUAUUUUCUAAGUGCAGGGUGACAGUGGGCAGUUUUGUUUAAAAUGACCAAAAAGAUGAGUUUUACAGAACGUUUUUGUCUUUGGCGUGUGCGGGUGUACACGUGGAGGAAGGUCACGUCACCUCGCCUCCCAGUAGAUGAGCUGAAUGUAUGACACAGAUGAAGACCUGCUCAGUGCCACAGGCUGCCAGCGCACGGGAGCGCUUACAUAUACAUAUACAGUACAUAUACAUUGCAUAUACACUGGCCUGCUCAGAGAAAGGAUCCACUGACGGCUAACGCUGCUAGCUAGAGUGUGGAGAUUGUGUUGAUGUGUACUUGACCUCAGAAUCACAGCUGACGACUAAAACUCUCGUUAUCCUUUGGUGUUGGGUUUAUCUAUAAAGGUGCAAAACUCGGUGGGGGUUGUGAUUCUUUUGGAAAUAAUUAGCAAUUUUGUGAAAGUUCCUUUUGUACGAUCUGCUAAAUUCAAAUAUUGCCUCCUUGUUUUAAAAGGUUUAUAUGCAAGAUGUUUUCAUCAAGUUUUUGACAAUGUUCUUUAAUGUAAAAUAAAGCCUAUUUUGAUACCUCU